AAGAGCGGAAUCAUACCGACAUCCUGUUGUUUAUCGGAUGUUGUCAAACCCGACGAUGAAUACCCGCAUGCGUCCGGUGGCUUCGCAGAUGUCUGGCGGGGCACCCAUGACGGGGUGCCUGUCGCGCUAAAGUUCAUUCGAUUGCAUACUGGGAACCGCGAAGGAUUCCGCAAGGUCCGUACACACCAAUCCUCCGCCGAUCAGGAAGUCGUCAUCUGGAGGCGGCUUUUACAUUGCAAUAUCGUUCCGUUCCUCGGGGUGGUCGAUCGGCGUCGACCAUGCAUCGUCUCGGAAUGGAUGGAGUACGAAGAUGUGAUGUCUUACCUCAAACGCUUUCCACAAGCAAAUCGGACACAGCUCAUCACCGACAUUGCCCGCGGGUUGAAGUACAUGCAUGACAGUGAAGUUGUACACGGUGAUAUGAAGCCCGUGAGUCGC